CAGUUCGUGUGCACGGGCCAAACAGUCGACACCGUUUGAGACGUUCUCUCCGUUGAAUUCAGAUCUAAGCUGGAGUAUUAUUGAAAGCAAGCGUCGCAGUUUGCAGCCGUCGUUUGUUGUUGUCGUGGUCGGAAUUGUUUUUGCUGCUGCUGCUGUUCGUUGAAGUUGUCGUGGUCGGUUUCGGUGUGUGUGUGUGCGUGUGCCUGGAAUCGCUCAAGCGGGAGUUGGCUUCUGCUACAGAGGCGACUCUUCACCUCUCCUCUGCUCUCCUCUCUCAGCCUCCAGCAUUCGUCUCGGCCAAGCUUUUGGUGCGUCUCUUCUGGCUUCAACAUCAACAAGGCUUCGACACUUUCCGCAUCCUUCAUAAAUAUUCAAUAAGCUCGCUCGUCAAACGCGUGCUAAAAUAAAAACCAAAACUUUACAGCGCAAGUUCUUCAAAACAGCCGCAAAAUUUCGAAAACAUCGAAAAUGGUCUUUGAUUGUGGUGUUUGGUGUGCAAAGUAUUUGCUUUGCAUACUAAAUUUCAUAUUCUUUGUGCUAGGCACAAUUAUAUUCGGAGUUGGACUAUGGCUAGCUGUGGACAAGCACUCGCUGAUUGCUCUGCUCAAGCUUGUCGAGAGCGAGCGCAUUGAGCAUUUUACACAGCCGCAGGUCAUAGAGCAAAUGGCCUACGCUCUGCUCGUCAUCGGAGCCGUCAUGUUCUUCUUGAGCCUCUUGGGCUACUUGGGCGCAAUGCGUGAAUCUCGCUGCCUGCUAUCGACGUAUGGCACCUUGCUCAUACUGCUGCUGGUGGCUGAGAUUGUUGCCGGCGGUUUGGCCGUCUUCUACAAGGACAAAGUGCGCGCCGAGAGCAAAAAAUUCCUGCAGACAACCAUCAAAAGCUAUACGUUGAGUGAGAAUAUGGAUGCAACAUCGGUGAUGUGGAACCAGCUGAUGGUCAACUUUGGAUGCUGUGGCGUCAACGAUUACCAUGACUUCGAUGAGUCGCAGGCGUGGAAGGAUACAAGGGGCAAUCGCACCAUACCGGAUACCUGCUGCAUACUGAAGGAUGUGGAAAAACUGGUGCCACGCGACGAGGACUGCACGGUCAAUCCCAGCGAUAGCAAUAGUUUCUACAAAAAUGGCUGUUAUGGAGUGUUCACCGAUUGGUUGAUUCGACAGCGCGAACUCAUCAUUGGCGUCAUUGUCGCUGGCAUUGUGCAUCUGAUCCUUGUCAUACUCGCCUUUGCGCUGUGCAAAGCUUUUGCCAAAUAUGACGAUAUGCGUCUGUAAAUUAUGCGUACGCAUACAGGACAUGGUUUUUUUAGAGCAGGCCCCACACAGGACAUGCUAACUUACGAUAGGCAAAACAACGUUUAAUAAUAACAUAUAACAAUGAAACAGUGAAAGAAAAGAGCUAAACAACAACCCUACCGAACAUUGAGAUGUGCUCAAAUUUCAAAAUGCAUUUCUACCCAUACACCCACACACAAACACACACACACACAUUAUAACAGUUCUAAUCUCUAAUCUCGUAACAGAAUAAUGGAAAAAUAUACAACAAAAAUAUUUAAUCACUUGCAGAAGGAAAUGUUGCUCAAAAUUUGCCGCCAGACAUGACAGACAGUGAGGAGGUUUUUAUGAAAAUUGCUACGCAUAUUUAUUUGUGAAUGAAGAAACCUGUUUUGAUAGCAGCAUUAGUUCUUAAGUAGUAUUCUACUAUAUAUACAUGCAAACAUACAUACAUAAAUAUAUAUGUAAUAGUAUUAGAGUUUUUAGUCCUAUUUCAUUUAAACAAUUUUGCAAAACUGACUGUUUGCAAGACAUGGAAACGAAGAAAGCAAAAACCACUCAAAUACAUCACAACGUAUAAAACACAUUUUAAAAUAAAAAUACACAAAAUAAAAUAAAAAUGAAUAAUGAAUAAUAAAUGAAAUAUUCGGAAUAUUGAAUGAAAGAAAAUUAAAAACGAAAUAUUGAAAUUGUACUAUGUGUAUUAGAUCGUAAGUCUUCUAUGGUUAAGUUCUAAUUUUAGUUGUUUGCUAUUACUAUAUUCAAGUUUUUAACUACGUAUUGAGUGAACGCGAAAGCGCCGAGCAUCGUGUUUAUCCUUUUUGUUAAAAAUGAAUGUUGUACAUUUUUGAAUUCUAUAUAUGUAUACAUAUUUACAAAUACAUACAUUACAUAUAUCUAUUAUUAAUGCAUAUUAUAAACACGUACUCACAUGUAUGUCUGUAGUUUAUUUAAUGUACUUUGAAACAAACGAAAACCUAACUGAAAACCCCUGAAUUAUAUAAACUAAAACGAUAAAGAAGAAUUCCCAAAAUACGACAAACUUUAAAAUGUACAUUUCUGAAAGUAAUUAUUAAUAAAUACACAACCAUUUAAAUAAAAAUA